CUGUUUGUAAAGUUAGUCAAUUAAUAACAGUUUUCUGCUCUUCGACUCUCUAGCUCAGUAUUACUUCUCUCUCGAAUGUUUUUCUGGUUUUCAUUUUUCUUUCAAAUCCGCUCUAGAAUCUUCAUGGUGGUGACCUCAUUGAGAAUAAAAUAAGAGAAGACUGAGAGGAUUAAUAUAAGAGACGAGAGGAGAGCAAAAUUACAAACAUAAUUUAUUGGUGAUUGACGAAAAUUUCAUUUCUAUCGUCAAUAUAGUCGGAAAACCAUGAUUCAAUUUGUGCUUCUUAUUAGCCGACAAGGAAAAGUCCGGUUGACUAAAUGGUAUUCUCCUUAUUCACAAAAGGAACGAACUAAGGUUAUUCGUGAGCUCAGUGGAGUCAUUCUUUCACGAGGACCCAAGCUCUGUAAUUUUGUGGAAUGGAGAGGAUACAAAGUUGUUUGUAAAAGAUAUGCUAGUCUAUACUUCUGCAUGUGCAUUGAUCAGGAUGACAAUGAAUUAGAGGUCCUUGAAAUAAUUCAUCAUUAUGUUGAGAUUCUUGACAGAUACUUUGGAAGUGUCUGUGAGCUGGACUUGAUCUUCAACUUUCACAAGGCCUAUUAUAUUUUGGAUGAACUCUUGAUUGCCGGUGAACUUCAAGAGUCAAGCAAGAAAACAGUUGCACGUCUAAUAGCUGCUCAGGUAUAGACUCAUUGGUGGAGACUGCAAAAGAACAGGCCGGUUCAAUAAGUAAUAUAAUCGCACAGGCCACCAAGUAGGGUAACAUAAUUGUGGUUGUGCAUGUUUUGGUCUACUUUGAAGUGCUAUUUGUAUUCAAUUUCAUCUCAAAUUUCCGUGUCAAGAGCUGAAUUGCACGGUAAGGAUCUCGCAAGAAUUGUAUACUUUGUUGCUCAUCAGAUUUGCGUAUAACAGUGUGAUAAAUUUGGCUGAUGCAUCUAUACAGCUGAUCCAAGCCUUUUAAUGUAAAGACACUAUACGACUGGAACAUUUGCCUGUAUUUCUUGCUGUAAUUUGCAAAGCAACAGUAUAUUUUGUUAGUGAAUCGUUGAUUUUGCUA